ACGUGGAUACGCGACUCAACGGCAAGUCUACUUACUACUCGCUCGCGCUUCGUGCGCUUCCGCUUCUUCCUCUUCCUCCCCAAUCCGUUCACACUCCUCCAACUACUAUUCCUAACCCUAACGCUAACCUAAGCGUGAGCAAUUUGGGGCUCGUGUUGGUGCCAUUUGGUGAGCUGAGUUCGAUCUGUCAAUGGCGGAUCCGGAGCAGCCCAAGGCCGCCUCGUUCUUCGCUAGGCCUCUGGGAAGAGAUGGGGUGGUGAAUGAGAUCGACACUGUGCGGGAGCCUUUGAUUGGUGGGAGUGGUCCCUCUGAGAGCUACUCUGUUUGCGCGGCGAUUCUACCGUUUUUAUUUCCAGCCUUAGGAGGACUGCUAUAUGGCUACGACAUUGGUGCCACAUCGGGUGCCACGAUUUCAUUGAAGUCAUCAACAUUAAGCGGGACAACAUGGUACAACUUAUCCUCUGUGGAAAUAGGGCUCGUGGUUAGCGGUUCGCUAUAUGGUGCCUUGAUUGGUUCAGCCCUGGCAUUUACAGUUGCUGAUUCUUUAGGAAGGCGAAGGGAAUUGAUUCUAGCUUCUCUGCUGUAUUUCAUUGGAGCUCUACUGACAGCUUUGGCUCCUGAUUUUGCUGUUAUGGUGAUUGGACGCUUCGUGUUUGGUACGGGAAUCGGAUUGGCUAUGCAUGCUGCUCCGAUGUACAUUGCAGAGACUGCUCCAAGUCAAAUCCGAGGCACACUAAUCUCUUUGAAGGAAUUUUUCAUAGUAAUCGGGAUGCUUCUUGGCUACAUUAGCGGCAGUAUCUAUGUUGAACUGGUUGCUGGAUGGCGCUAUAUGUAUGCUACUAGUGCGCCUUUAUGUCUUAUUAUGGGAUUAGGCAUGUGGUGGCUCCCACCAUCCCCUCGCUGGCUUCUUUUAUGUGCCAUACAAGGAAAGGGAAGCAUACUGGAUACAAAAGAAUUUGCUGUUCGCUGUUUAUGUCGGCUUAGGGGUCAAGCUCUUGACGAUUCAAUUUCAGUACAAGUCGAUGCAAUUCUGGCUGAACUCUCUUAUGCUGGUCAAGAGAAAGCAGCAACACUUAGUGAGAUAUUUCAGGGGAAAUGCCUCAAGGCCCUUAUAAUUGGUUGUGGCCUGGUCUUUUUUCAGCAGGUCACUGGCCAACCAAGUGUUUUAUAUUAUGCAGCAACAAUCCUUCAGAGUGCAGGGUUUUCUGCAGCAUCUGAUGCUACCCGUGUCUCAGUUCUUCUUGGGGUACUGAAGCUGCUUUUGACUGGAAUUGCUGUUCUCGUAGUGGACAGACUUGGCAGGAGGCCUUUACUGAUUGGAGGUGUUAGUGGGAUUGUGAUCUCAUUAUUCCUACUAUCUUCAUACUAUACUUUGUUAAACGAUUUUGCUUUCGUGGCUGUAAUUGCACUGCUGCUGUAUGUUGGCUGUUAUCAGUUGUCAUUUGGUCCGAUCGGUUGGCUCAUGAUUUCAGAGGUUUUUCCUUUGCGGCUAAGAGGUCGUGGCUUAAGUAUCGCUGUGCUUGUCAAUUUCGCCUCAAAUGCGCUCGUGACUUUUGGUUUCUCGCCACUGCAGGCACUGGUUGGGACCGGCGUCCUCUUUGCGGGCUUUGGGGUGAUUGCUUUAGCUUCUCUUCUCUUCAUAAUUUUCGUCGUACCUGAAACGAAAGGUCUCACUCUGGAGGAGAUUGAGGCCAAGAUCUUAUGAAGUGAUUGAUCACCCAUUCUCAUCUUAGAUACAUUGUGUAACAUUAUCCUCCUACUUUAGCUGUUUGUGCUUUUAAAACUGACUCUCUUAGGUAUCGUUUGGUUCGGGGAUAAGAAAAAAGUGGCUAUUUCAGGGAUAGGUAUAAA